AUGCUGGAGAGCCGUAUCGAGCCUCACAAGAAGGCGCACUUCAGCCUACACAUAAGCGACCGCAUAGGGAGCAGCGACGAUGCUUUAGGAGAUUUUAGUAGCGUCAAAUACAACCACAAGCCUUCGCAAACGUCGGAAUCGCGCUCCACAACGCUGACAUCGCCCUCGUCAACCAACCUAUACAAUCUCCGCAUCGACGACACGAGCAAUUCGGGCGACAAGGAUGUCUUCACCUUCACAGGGCAGAAGUCGCAACUCAAGAAGUCGUAUGUCCUCGUCUUCGAUGCUUCGAACCAGCAGGCCACGCUUGAGCCUCUUUCCAGCACUUACACGUUCAAUCUCGCCACCAAGAACGGCAAGGACGUCUCGUCGCAGCACGCCAAGAUCUACCCCAAGAAACUCAAGGACGACGCACAGAACAAAGACGACGAGGAAGACCUGUUUGGCGAGGCAGCAGCAGACGACCAAGGAGGGGAUCCUGAUGCGGACAACCCUUACGACUUCAGACACUUCCUGAGCAAGGACAAGGAGAACCGGGGCGACGAAUCCGAAUAUCGCUACGCGUCCUCGCCAGACUACAGGACAGGCACCGGCAGUGCUGUCAAUACACCGCAAUUUGGGGCUCGCGCAACUGCGGCUACUGCCCCCGCACCCAGGGUCACCACUGCGCCAGUGCCCAAGAAGCGCAAGACGGCGACAGCGAACCCCAUGGUGAAGCCCAAGAAGGCCCAAGCCGCACCAGCCGUCCGCCUCCAACGCCCCGCCACCGAUACGACGUCAAAGCCAAAAGCCAAGCCCACGGCACCGCCCGCAUCCAAGAUCAAAUCCUCCGAAGUCAUACACUCGUCUGACGAGUCCGACGGCGAAGUAGCCUCCUCACCUGCACGUCCAUCGCCCCCUCCUGAACAGCGUCAACAACACCACGACGGGGAAGAUGAUGCAGAGGGCGAGUCAGACGAUGACAGUGGUCUGGAGAUUGAAGUGCCUGAUGCCCGCCCGCCACGACGCAACAACGGCGCCUUGGCCUCGCUAGGCCUUGGUCAGAGUCUCGGUGCCGGCUACUUGCGUUCACCCUCAAACGGACCAAUAUCGCUUGCCAGCGCAGCAAACAGCGACGUCGAAGGCUCGCCAAACCCGCACACACGCAAUCGCAACGCUCAAGAGGAGAUUGACUUUGGUGAUCUGGGUGGCGACGACGCAGAAGGCGAAGACGAUGACGAGGAUGAUUACAAUAACAGAGAUAUCGAGCCUAUGGACAUCGGCCCACCUGCGCGGCAAGAGACAACGGGCCACGAUCGAAAGUCUAGCAUGGCUGGUGAAGUUGCGACAGCGGAUGACGACGAUGAAGAUGAUCUCGAAGCACUGAUGAUGAGAGGGUUGGAGGGCGGAGACAGCAGUGAAGAGAGUGAAGAGGAGUGA